UUGAAUUGCAACCUACAAUGAAUAAUCCGGCCAAUUUAAAACUUCCUCUACCGGACGUGUUUUAUCCAGACUACUUAUAUAAUGUAUAACAAAUUAGAAAGAGAUAAAAGAUAAUUAUAACGCGUCGAAAUUGUCGUUUGCUUUGUGAGCAUUACUUUCUCUUAUUAUUACCUACUUAUUUUCAUUCUAAAGAAACAUUCAAGUUUUCGUGCUUUAAAGAACUUGUGACUGUUUUUCAGUUUUCUAGUUUAAAAUUUGGGGUACAAAUGGUGAAAUGAGUGGAAUCAGCAGCAAGAACAGUAGAAAAGACAAACUUGUUGUGCGUGACGGUGUAAAUCUCGAUGAAGCAAUAAAUGUAGAAUUGCAGAAUAUAGCACAGACCUCCUCAAAGUUGGACAAAAUGGACGAAAACGACGAAGAUGAUCAAUUAGUUAUCAACAUAGCAAAUAUUAAGAAGGAAAUUAACGAAAGUUCAUAUGUAGAGAAUCCAAACAUGAAAUUCACCGUCAGAGUGGAGGUCGAAGAGUAUAACGAAGAUGUCAAGCAUAAAAUAAAAAUAGAAAUGCAUGAUAUAUCACCGGUGGAACCACAAACUUUAAACCAGAGAGUUAUAUUGAAAGACGGGAACGUUCAUAACUCAAAAAAACCUAAACAGCCUUUCAAAUCUGUUGUUGUUGAUUUAAAUGAAUUGUACGAUGAAGUAGACAGGAUUGUGAGAACGUCCAACAACAUAGCUGAUGAGAUAUUAGCUAGAGAAUUGAAAAAUAAUUGGGGGUCUGUUUUGCGUUUGCCGAUAGAAAAUGACCCUAUAAACAUCAGACUGCAGGAGGUCAUUCAUAAAUGGAAAAUAUGGACGAGUGCCUCUAAAUACCGUGACGUUCCUCUAUUUUAUAAAUGCUAUAUUUGUCAGACGGCGUGGUGGCGUUUAGAUCCAUUCAGAACCCAUUUAAAAAUCCACCACAUUGAUUCCUUCCGCAUAGAUUUAGAAGAACAUUCUCACGAAUCUAACAUUAUAGCUUACGGUACAAUAAAUAUACCUCCAGUUAAGUAUUUGAAGGUUGAAGGCGACUGCUGGAAAUGUAACAAGCCCUUCGAACACCACAUAUCAGCUAAAAAACAAAAUGCUUCAUACAGUUGCAAGUGCUGCGAUGAUAGAUUUUAUUCUUGUAUGAGUUUGAAGGCUCACGAAGGCGUUUGCUGGCAAUAUCUGAAGCAUAUUGAGGUGGAAAGAGAUCAAGAGAUGGCCAUGUGCCGGCUAUGUCAAUGUAUGUUCGCAACGGAACCAGAAUUGGAAACCCAUAUGAUUAGUAAUCACUCGGUGAGAUCUGAUCUACCAAUACAAUCACAGUAUAAGACAUGCUCCUCAUGUAACUAUAGAUAUUUCAUACAUGCUUUACACUGUUGUAAUAAGAAGCAAAUGAGUUACAAUUGUGAUAAAUGUUAUAAAGGAUUUUCUACUAAAUUAACUCUAGCCAUUCACACACUCCUCACAGAGAAGGAUGUUCACUGUAAGAUAUGUACAGAAACAUUGGACAACCAAUGUAUGGAAAUAGUUCAUUAUCAAAAUCAUUCUAAUAUGUUUAAAGUUGCAUAUAAGUGCUGCAUGUGUUCAAAUAUGGAGGUGUUUUUGGAUGCGAGUUCGUUCAGAAAACACAGAUUGGUCGAGCACAGACAGAAGAAUGAUAAACGGAGGUAUAAUUUUGAAAAGGUUUUGUUACCGAUCACGUAUUUUCCCGAAGAAGAAAAUGUGGCGGAGAAGCGAGAAGCUGUAAGAACGGUGGUUGGACAGAAGGAUUAUGCGGACUACCCAGUGUUUGAGGCGAGGGAUGUCAGAAAGACUUAUCAAGCUAAGCCCAAGGUGUACCCCGAGGAGGAACUCAAGGAAGCCUUGACGGUGAUCAAGCAGGAGAUGGCUGAUGAUGAGGAACACAGCCAGGAUAGCUGUGGAGUGAUGGUACAGAGGGUGAAGAGCGAAGAUACUAGUUACGAUCAGAUGAGUGAAGACCUGAUGCCUCCGUUAUCAAUAAACACAAAAAUAAAAACGGAACCAAUGGAUGAGGAAUAUGAAGCCAUCUUCGUCACCAUCAAUGACGCAGAACAAUUCAUUAAAGAAGAGCCCGAAGAGAUUACUAUUGAACCGGACACAAUGUACAGAAACGGCGACGAUAUCACCAUAGAACCAGAGACAAUGUACAAAGAGACACCAGAACAAAAAACUGAAUUGAAUUCGAAAUAUCCAUGCACGAGGUGCAACAAAAACUUUCAUUCGCCAAAAAAAUAUCUUCUACACUUUGUUGUACACGGAGUGCCUUACAUGUCUUGUCCUGUUUGUCUAAAAUCGUUUGAUAUUAUGACAAACUUAAUACCACACGUGGCUCAACAUGUUAAGCAGACUUACGUGAAGUUGAAAGUUAUUGAGAAUGCAGCAGAAUCGAGAAAUAGAAAGAAGAAUAGCAAGGGGAAAUACCAGUGUCAGGUUUGCAGGAGUAUGGUAGAGGGGGACAAUAUAUAUGGGCAUUGGGACACCCAUUUCAUAACCGGCUGGAAGAAACGGGAUGAUGAAGGUGUUCUGAAUACCGCUCUGAGAUCUGAAGGCUUAAAAUUGGUUAUAAAAAAUUUAUUGCAAAGCGGAAAGGAAAUGAAGAAGAAAGAUUGCGUGAUAUGUUUGCGACAUUUUGAACGUAAAAACGAUUGCAAAAGGCAUCUGAUCGAGCAUCUAUUGACGGACGCGUAUUGCAACAGACCCGUAUAUGGAGGACUGAGAUGUCAAAUAUGCUUCGAAUCGUUCCAACGGCCUGACAGAUACAAACUGCACAUGAGGGACCACGGGUCUCUCCCUGUCUACAGAUGUGACAUAUGUGACCGCGCGUUCAGCGACUCGAGCAACUUCACAAAACACAAGAAAGUACAUAAUCUUCAAGUGGUCGUCUGUGAUGUGUGCAGCAAGAAGUUUCAGUCGAAAUUGUCUUUGACCAAGCAUUUGGAGAUGCACAAAACAACAGAGCCGAUAACCUGUCCAGUGUGUUUCCGAGUGUCGCACACCGAAUCAGCAUACAGAAAACACGUCAAACGCUUCCAUGAUCGCGUCGUCAUCAAAUUCAAAUGUCAUUACUGCGGCAAGAAAUUCGACAGCAUCAGAGAGAAAUGGGACCACCUCUGGCUGGCGCAUAAGGAGAGGAAGCACAAGGCCGACUGUCCCAUUUGUAAGAAGCAGUUCAGGAAAGACCAAGACGUGAGGACGCAUAUGAUGCUGGCUCACGCGAUUGUUAAGAAGGGUAAGAAAAAACCAGUGAAGAAGGAUGAUAUCGAACAAUUUUUGAAGGACAAUCCACCGUUGGAGGAAACACUUAUUGUGUACGAAUGAGAGGGGAUCUUUUUAAUUCGGAACACAUGAUCAGCCUUUUAGAAGGUAGAAGGCGCGACUAGUAAAUUGAUGUUUGAUUGGUCGACAGGCCAUGGUCACUCGGCCAAUCAGAGCAAUGCGUCGGUCACGAGUUACUCUUUUGACUUAUCACAUCACAGCAUCGGUAACGUGCAAGUCUCUCGACCAAUGACAGCAAUGCGUUUGUCACGUGGUCGUCUCUCGGCCAAUCACGGCAAUGCGUUGGUCACGUGCGUGUCUCUAGACCAAUCAGAACACUGCGUCAGUCACGUGUUACUUUCUCGGCCAAUCACAAUGAAACGAGACGGAUUUGUGAGAUUUUUGGCCUACUUUAAGCAUAUGACGGUAUAUCCGGUAGUUACAAACGAUUAUUUAUAACAAUACUUAUUUUAACAUCAUCUAUAAUGAAUUUUUCAGUGCGCGAGAAUUUUAUUUAUUGUUAUUGUUUUAAAAUGCUGCGGAGAUGACCUGACUUAGGUUGGUGCAGUCAAUCAAAUGAUCGACGAGCUGCCUCACGCGCAAGCCGUACUUUCGACGAGUGAGAGACAGAUCAUUUAAAAUAUCUCCGUUGAUAUUGGCUAGAGUAGCCGAAAUUCGGCUACCAAGGAAUCAAUCAUAAAGAGAGGUGCCUUCUUUCUUUAAUUCAGAAGCAAGUUUGUGAUAUACAAUAUAAAAAGUUUUAUAUUGAAUUACUUAUAUUUCGCUGGCUCACUUACAUUAUAUUUAUGUUAUAAAAAUUGUCAUUUUAAUCUAAAUUGCCACUACUAUCUCUACAAGAAUCCGGCGCAGCGACAUCAAAAUUUCAGUCAGAAAUACUCUCACGCGCAUGCUAUAUUCACAAUAAACAAAUAACUAAAAAAUUUUAAAAAGUAAAACUGGAUUUUUUUGUGGAAAUAUUCGUUAUUAAUGUAUGAUUUUUGGCAUAAUCUUAACAAAGGUAACGAUUAUGUGGUUUCAUUUAGUAACGCAAUGUCAAAAUGACCCUGUAUAAUCUUGUAGUGAGCCAGCGAUGUGUCAAAUGCCUUUGUAAAACGUUAAGUCGUGACUUUGAUAUAACUCUGAUAUAGGCCACAUAUAGAAAUUAUAUCGACGGUUCAAAAGGCUAAUUGACUUAGCAACAUUUUUUUUAGAAAAAUUUUAACUACGUUUAAAAAACAUAGAAAAAAAAAUUUUAAUAUGUAUGAAACUAGGUGUCGCUUUAAUCAAUUAGCAUUUCAAUUGUCGAUAUAAUAUAUUAGAGUUAAAUAAAAUAAACAUUGUCCAUACAAAUUAGCUUAAGUAUUUUAUGUUCCAGGCUGUAUGAUAAAUUGCCUUUGCCUAAGUAAUAAUCGAUUUUGACAAAAUAGAAUCCCAUAUUUCCUAUAAAAUAGACUGAAUUUAAUAAUUUUUCAAAAGUAGGAUAUGAAAUGCAUAAUUAGAAUACUAGAUAUUUCUGAUAUAAAUUCACCCUCUUAUUCUUAGACGUUAUUUAUCUAAGGACGGAGCAUUGCUGUGAUAACAAGUCUGUUUCUCAGUGCUGACGGCAUGGCAGCCUUCGCAGUGCGUAGACAUAGGACCGUUGUGAUUGGCUAAUAUUGAGAUACAACUUGAACCUAGUUGGCUGUCAGAUAAACAAAGCUGAGAAACAUACUUGUUAUCACAGCAAUGCUCUGUCCUUAGAUAAAUAACGUCUAUGAAUAAGGGGCUUAACUUUAAUUAUAAAUUUUAAUGCCUGAGUAGUUGGGGCAAUUUUCUCGCCUCGCACGUGCGAUUUUAUCUAGUGAUGUGCCAACUGGGGAUAAACACAGCUCGAAUUGAAAUUCACGUAACUCGAGUUAACUGGGUAAAAUGAAACUGAGUAAUGAUUUGUUUUGGGUUAUUUUUACAAAUAUAAUGACUCACCAAUAAUAAAGGAAUUUAUUUAUUCAUCAUGUAUUUAUGUUUUAUGUAUUUAAGAUUAUCUUCGUAAAAUAAAUAAAGUAAGUAUUUAAACUCGAGUUCAGGAGAAUUCAACUCGACCUAAACCCAACCCAAGUUAACUCGAGUUGACACAUCUCUAAUUUUAUCCUAAAAAUAAAGAGAGAGACGCCUCAAGAAACUCCCUCCUUAUUGAGACCUAAGUCACAAAUAUUAAUAAAAUUGUUUUUUCUGAUGUUAUCGCGGUUUUUUAUAUUACUAGCUGUGUCCGCGGCUUUGCUCGCGUGGAAAUCAGCGUAUCAAAGUGUUCCCGCGUAAAUCCCGAACCACGAGAUUUUUUCAACCACGCGACAUGUUUAACAGUAAUUAUUUAUUUAAGGACCUCUAACGAAGGAUACACGGCAUGUAAUAAAACCAAGUCGAAGCAUUUUUACAAUUAGCAAUUAGUAAUCGUUAUAUUUCAAUCAAUUUACAUAAAACCUUAAUGUACUAUUAAUCUAAACCUUCCUCAAUAAUUGCACUAUCUUUUAUUUCACAAGUAUGCGUGUGUUUUGCGUUACAAUAAAAUCAGUUUAAAUUUUAAAUUAAUUUUAUUACAAAUGAAAUUGUUAUUGUUAAGUGCCUCUAUCGCUUUUAAUGUAACUUUAAUAGAAAGUGUCCACUAUAUAAUUUGGUGUUCCAAAGAGUUUUAAGAUUAUAUAUAGCGGACAUUGGGAAGAUUGUCAUACAAACAUUUUGCGCUUAUGUGAUGGUCACUCAAUCUACAGUAAUAGCAAAACAUCAAUGUAAAAUACUUCAUAUUAUUUCCAUAUGAUUUGCACGUUUUUAAUUCGAUUAGCAUAUUUUCUGUCAAUAUAUUAUUUUUGUAUUAAUAUCUAAGGACGCUGACAUUUUGUCACACGGACAUUUCAAACAAGACUUAGUACCAAUCGGUAAUAACUUUUGGAGCAAAAAUUUGGUCCUGAUGUCCGUCUAUAACUAACUAUAUAGUUAUGUCUUUGGUGUUACCAACGCACACUAAUAAACACAUUCUAUAAACGUGCGCAUGAGCAUAUGUUUGGCAGAAACGAUAGAUCGUACAAGCCAGGUCUUUAAUUAUGUUCUAUAUUUAUUAUUAUAUCGUCUAAGGAUUUUAUGCUUUUGAAAUUAAAUUGAAAUUAAAGCAUCAGUUAUUGUGUCGUUAAAAUGGCUUGAAAGGGGUGAAAAAGGAAAUUACCAAAAUUUUUAUGUAAUGGCUUUAUGUAAUAAUUUUGUUUUUUCUUUUCACCCACACUGUUUUGGUGUUCAAGUUAUAAUGUUUAUUGUAAAUAUUAUCGUAUUAUUUUAAUAUGUUGUGAUAAUUGUAAUCAUAAUGAAUUUGUUAUUAAAGAAAUGUGAUUUAAUAAA